AUGGACAGACCAAAGACAACAAUGAAGCAUCCUUGUGCUGACUCUGACUCUUCGCCCAGGUCAAGUCCCGAAGUCCGUGGUGCUGACCUGACCCCGGCCCUCCUGUCUGACAAACUCCGCCCAUUUCCCGAGCAGGAGCUCUUGGACUUGGUGCCAAACUUGACGGAGACACACCCAUCCGCCCAACAAUCCAAGAAACAGCUGAUGGUGAAAAGUGGAAAAGUUAAGAAAAUGUUCAGUUGGGGGGAUUUCCACUGCAAAGUGAAGACGACAAGCCUCAACUUGCUCAUCAAAGGGAAGAUCGUAGAUCACGGCAACGGAACUUUCAGCGUUUCCUUCCGAUACAACACCACCGGAGGGGGUAACGUCUCCGUAGGGCUAGUUCCUCCAACCAAAGUGGUGGAAUUUGAUGAGAAGACGCAACAAAAUGUUCUGCAUUCGGUGGAGUCCAGGAUGUUUAACUGCAAGGUGGAGCAUGAGAAGGUGGAAAAAAGUACUCAAAACAAUCGCUGCUGGUACGAUCCGUCACAAAGCUGUGACCAGGAUCAAACCCACAGUCAUGUGUCGUGGCUGUGCUCCAAACCGUUCAAAGUCAUCUGUGUCUAUAUAUACUUUUACAGCCUGGACUACAAACUGGUCCAGAAAGUCUGUCCAGACUACAACUACCACAGUGAAUCUCCAUACUUCCCUUCUGGAUGA